CACAGAUACAAACGGUGUAUACUAUCCUUAUCAGUUAACUAGUUGAGCUGUCAUAACAAACAACAUUUGUUUUUGCAUCAAUACAACAUUUCAACGAUAACAUGGCCAAGAACGGUGCAAUUCUCUAUGGUUUCUGGCAGUCUUCGUGCUCAUGGAGGGUAAGGGCAGCCCUACGUUUUAAGAACAUCCCUUACGAAGAGCGAGGAGUGGACAUAGUGAAGACAAAGCAACAGGGUACCGAGCAGUACCGCGCCAUCAACCCUGCACAGAAAGUACCAGCUUUGGUCAUAGAUAAUGAGACCUUGGUGGAGUCUAUGGCCAUCGUGCAGUACCUGGAGGAAUCUCGACCGCAGCCGUCCCUGAUGCCCGGCACUUUGAUGGAGAGAGUACAAAUGAGACAGAUCUGUGAGACCAUAGUAUCGGGCAUUCAGCCGCUUCAGAACAUUGGUAUCAAACGAUCCUUUAGCACUUUGGAAGAAUACCUGAAGUUUAGCAAGUACUGGACGGAGCGGGGCUUGCUAACCCUUGAGGAGUUGCUUCGGAAGUCAGCGGGGAAGUGCUGUGUCGGAGACCAGAUCACCAUAGCUGACCUGUGUCUGGUGCCGCAGACGUAUAAUGCUGUAUCGAGAUUUACACCAGACCUCAGCAAGUACCCAACUGUCUCAAAAGUAUACAAAGCAUUAUUAAAUGAAAAAGUUUUUCAAGAAACUCACCCUGAAUACGUGAAAACAAAAUUAUAAAGUGUCUCAAUGUGAAUAAAUAUACGUAUGUUUGACUUAUAUGUAUAAAACGACUAUUAUUGUAAAUAAAGAAAUUGUACUCUACCAUAAGCUAAAUAAAAGGAUUUCGAAAAAAAAC